AUGGCGGAGGCGGCUAAGGGGGGAGUUAAUGCAAAAACCCACCAUGAUGCCUAUCCAGUGCCGCUGGUCCAUGAAAUUCUGGAGUCCUUGCAGGGGGCCCAGUACUUUAGCUCCUUGGAUCUCCGCAGUGGAUACUGGCAGAUGGCAAUGGAUGUGGAGAGCAAGCAGAAGACCGCCAUGAUCACCCAUCUCGGCCUAUUCCAAUUCAAGGUCAUGCCAUUCGGUUUGCGUAAUGCAGGUGCCACCUUCCAGAGGUUGAUGGAAAGAGUACUGGGAGAGUUGAAGCGGAAGAUCUGCUUUGUAAGAGGCGUCGAAGUUGAACCCUCAAAGGUCGAUGCCAUCACCGCCUAUCCAGCCCCCACGGAUGUGAAAAGUCUCCAAAGGUUCCUGGGUCUAGUGGGCUGGUACCACAAGUUUAUCCCUAGGCUGGCUGACAUUGUGUCCCCACUCAACAACCUCAAGAAGAAAGGGGUAGCGUGGGAGUGGACGGCGCAAUGCCAGGCCGCCUUCGAACAACUCAAGGAUCGGUUGCAGUCGUCACCAGUGCUGGCUCAACCGAGGCCCGAUCUUGCUUUUCAAGUUCACUGUGACGCUAGUGGGGCGGGGCUUGGAGCCGUUCUGAUGCAGGUCAUUGAGGGAGAUGAGAAAGUCAUCGCCUUCGCAUCAAGGGCUCUCCAGGGUGCUGAACUGAGGUAUUCCACAUCAGAGCAAGAAUGUCUGGCAGUUGUGUGGGCGGUGGAGAAGUGGCGUCAUUUCUUGGAAGGUGAACCGUUUGAUGUGUUCACAGACCACAGUGCUCUGGCGUGGGCAUUCAACUGUCCCAAAGCCUCGUCGAGGCUCACCAGGUGGACUCUGCGCCUGCAGCCGGACAAGCGCCCUGAGCGCUUCCCUCCGGCGCCUCACCGCUGGGCGAAGGUGACGUACUUCAGCCACGCCUGCAUGGAGCUGAAGCUGGGCCCCCGGCGGUUCCUGUUCGACCCGUGGCUGAAGGGCCCGGCGUUCUCCAGAGGCUGGUGGCUGCUCCACGAGCCUCCGGCGGACGCUCUGGACCGGAUGUGUGCAGCAGACCUGCUCUACAUCAGCCACAUGCACUCGGACCACCUCAGUUACCCGACCCUGAAGGUUCUGUCGGAGCGCAGGCCCGACAUCCCGAUCUAUGUGGGCGACACAUCGAGGCCGGUGUUCUGGUAUCUGGAGAAGAGCCAAGUGAAGCUGACCAACAUCAACAUUGUUCCUUUUGGAGUCUGGACCAAUAUUGAUGAAGACCUGCGGUUCAUGGUCCUGAUGGAUGGGGUGCACCCUGAACUGGACACCUGCAUCAUCGUUGACUAUAAAGGUCACGUGAUCCUGAACACGGUGGACUGCACCAGGCCCAACGGAGGCCGGUUACCUCACAAAGUGGACCUGAUGAUGAGCGACUUCGCCGGGGGGGCGUCUGGGUUCCCCAUGACCUUCUGCGGCGGGAAGUACAGUGACUCCUGGAAGGCAGAGUUCAUCAGGACCGAGAGGAAGAAGCUGCUGCACUACAAAGCUCUGCUGGUGAAGUCGCUGCAGCCGGCGGUCUACUGCCCCUUCGCUGGCUACUUCGUGGAGGCUCAUCCGGCCGACAGAUACAUAAGAGAAACAAAUGUGAAGAACAGUGCCGAGGACCUCAAUGCGCUCAUCAAUAAGUUGUCACCAGACAUCAAGACCUGGACGCCCAGACCGGGCGCCGUGCUGGACCUGGGCGUGGCCCUGAGGGACCCCACCAACAGUGAGGCCAUCACCAACCCACCGGCCAGCGCCAAGAUCUACAAGGACAGCUGGGAUCUGGACUUGUACGUGGAUGAACUGAACAGCGCCAUCAGCUGUGAGAUAUUUACCCGUCCCAGCUGGACCACGCUGUACUACACCUGGGCCGGCUUCCAGAACUACAACCUCGUCGUGCGGAUGAUCGAGACGGACGACGCCUUCGAGCCCGUCGCUGACGGCUGCGACUACUUGGUGGACUUCUUGGAUCUGUCGUUCCCCUCGAAGAGACCCGACCGGGAGCACUCGUACCUAGAGAUUAAAAACCGGAUUGGGGUGAUGAGAUAUUUGGUGCUGCACGGCCUCCUCUGGGAUGGCCUGUACAUCGGCUUCCAGAACCGCAUCAGCCGAGACCCGGAUGUCUACCACCACAAGUUCUGGAACCACUUCCAGACGGAGCUCCCCGUGCACGGCCCGGACUGGGACCGGUUCCUGCAGCCAUGGAGGAGGUUGUUGGAACAGGAACCGUCCUCGACUGUUUGA